CCGCUCAAUCACACGACACGAUUCACCUGAACACACGCACAUGCAUCAAAUCCACUUAAAACCCACGAGAUGAACCGAUCUACCCAUUUCCCGACUAUAAAAGCCCGAGUCUGAUGCAUCAUAACGCAUUUCACGUAAACACCGCAAGAGAUAUUGAUGAAGCUUAGACGCCUUCAAACUGAAGUGUGUUGAUGAUGUGAGAUGAUGCUGUAAAGGGACCUCCUGCGUCUCCUCCCCUCCCUCCUGCUCUCUUACCCCUCAUUUCCACUCCUCAUUUCGCGUUCACCCACGAGAAGAUCUCCGAGCGUCCAGCAUCAUGUCCUCAGACGUCCAGCUGCGCGAGCGAACGGACCCGGAGAGCAGCGAGCCAGCGGGCGACAGGAGCGACUGAGAGCAGGUGUCAGAAGUCAUACGUCCUGCCCAUAGUGAACUGACCAGCUGUACCUGAGCAUGGACACCAUGGAUACAAUAAACUUCACCUUCUGGAACGCCUCUGAGGGCAACGAGACCAUGGAGACAGUUGACGAGAGCCCAUAUAAGACAGUGGAGGUGGUGUUCAUUGUACUGGUGGCCGGCUCACUAAGUCUGGUGACCGUUAUCGGGAACAUCUUGGUCAUGCUCUCCAUCAAGGUAAACAGAAGCCUGCAGACUGUCAACAACUACUUCUUGUUUAGCCUGGCCUGUGCUGACCUCAUCAUCGGCCUUUGCUCUAUGAACUUGUACACAGUCUACAUUGUGAUUGGAUACUGGCCACUAGGUCCGGUUGUGUGCGACUUGUGGUUGGCGCUGGACUAUGUGGUUAGCAAUGCCUCCGUCAUGAACCUGCUGAUCAUCAGCUUUGAUCGCUACUUUUGUGUCACCAAGCCGCUCAGCUACCCAGUGAAGAGGACGACCAAAAUGGCAGGCAUGAUGAUUGCCGCAGCAUGGGUGUUGUCUUUCAUCCUCUGGGCUCCGGCAAUCCUGUUCUGGCAGUUUAUCGUUGGUGGGCGCACAGUGCCAGAGAAGGAGUGCUACAUUCAGUUCUUCUCCAACGCCGCGGUCACUUUCGGCACAGCCAUAGCUGCUUUCUACCUGCCUGUCAUUAUCAUGAUGGUACUGUACUGGCAGAUAUCCCGCGCCAGCAAGAGCCGCGUCAAGAAGGACAACCGCAAGCCAUCGGGUGGCAACCUCAAUGUGGCCUCUUCCAAUCAGAUCCGCGAAAACACAGCCAACAAACCCACCAACAACAACCUAACAGCUGAAGAAACAGAUCGAGGACAGACCCAGCUAACAGAUGACGCCGCCAACCAGCACGAUGCCAAACUCCAGAAUGGCAAAGCACCAUCCACAGCGAGCGGAGAAGUGGAGGCUGAAGAGGGCGGAAGAGGAAACUGCGUUCCAGCAGAGGAGAAAGAAAGCUCUAAUGACUCCACCUCUGGCAGCGGCGGCGUAACCAAUCAAAAGGAGGAGGCGGCGCCAUCCAGAGUCGACGACAACCAGGCUCCUGCUAGGCACCGCGCCAAAGCUGGCGGUUCCAAACUGACGUGUAUCAAGAUCAUCACCAAAUCGCCAAAAGGAGACUGCUACGCACCUUCAAACGCGACCGUAGAGAUCGUCCCUGCGACCGAGAGGCAGAACCACGUGGCGAGGAAGAUCGUGAAGAUGACCAAGCAGCCGCCCAAGAAGAAAAAGGCGCCAUCCUCUCGGGAGAAGAAGGUGACGCGCACCAUCAUGGCCAUCCUGGUGGCGUUCGUGGCUACUUGGACGCCCUACAACGUCAUGGUCCUCAUCAACACCUUCUGCUCCAGCUGCAUUCCCAACACCGUGUGGACCAUCGGAUACUGGCUCUGCUACAUCAACAGCACGAUCAACCCCGCCUGCUACGCCCUCUGCAACAUCACCUUCAAAAAGACCUUCAAACAGCUGCUGCUCUGCCAGUACAAGAACAUUCGCUCCACCCGAUGAGCAGCAAACAUAGUGUGUGUGCAUGCGUUAUAUUUUACAUGUGUGUGUUCUUGUGACUAAGGUAUAUGUGUGGAUGUGUUUGUAUGUGUGAAGAGGUCAUAAGGAAGUAAAACCAAUUCAAGUCGUCGGCCAUUAUAAAACGGAGACUGACCCGACAACACCUGUCAUACAGUUUUACAAAUCCUCCAUCUUUCUAGUUUAAUUUUUUUGGUGGGGGGGGGGGGAUGAAUAUGAUGCUGUCAGCUACAAAUCAGACAUUUUACCAUGUUUAAAUCAGAUUUUCCUCUAAAAUAGUGUCUGGGCAGGUGUGUGUUUGCAUUCAUUGUUUUUUUUUUAUAUAUAGAUAGUCUGUUGUAGCACUUUGCACACAUGUGAUGCAUGUCACAAAAGGAGGAAAAGAAGUGCUAAAAUAUCUGAUUUAUAAACAAAAAUGUUAAAAGUACAAAAAAAUACGAGCAUAUAGAUCAGAUUGGAGUCUGUACUAUUCAAUAAUACACAAAUAAGGGGACAACAGGGCUGACUGAAGAUCCAAACCAAACGCGUUUGAGCUUCAGUAUAAAAUCACACCUGUAUAUACGUGUAUAUAAUCAUGUACUGUAUCCGUGUCAUGUGUGUGUUUGCAUGCUGGAUGAUGGUGCGUGUGCGUUCAACAUUAAAAGUCCAACAUGAAGCCCGUUUACUGAUGUGUAAUCAGGAAUAUUCAACAAGAUUUAACGUAGGGUGCUACUUGAUUUCAUCCAUAUCAUUAAAAGAAACAAUUUUAAUAAUGUGCACCAAUGAAUUGUGCAAAAUAAGGCCAGAAACAUGUGCAAAGGAAGUAAACGGGCUCAUGUUGACUUUAAAGCUUCAUUAAAUGGAAGCGUCUAUGAUGACAGGUAGCUGGUUGCAGGGUUUGUGUGUGUUUGUUGUGUGUGUGUGUGUGUGUGUGCUCUGUGAGAGCAAUAAGAGGGUUGAAGAGGCUCUCCGGUGUGCCCGUAUGUUAAAGUGGAUGAGUUUUGAGUGCUCGGGGUCUCCAGGGAUGCAAAUCUAAACCUUUUAAAGUGAGCAGACGCGCAGGAUAAAGAGGCUCUCACAGGCACGCAGCCAUUAGCAUCCACCUCACCUCUGCUUUGCAUUUACACAAAACAGUUCACUCACGCUUGGGAGAAAAAAGGAAAAUACCAGCUACAUACAGAAUAAUGAAGAGAGUGCUAAUUCAUCAGAUACUCCAAAACCUGCUUGUGAAACUGAAAAAAUUCUUAUUAAAAGGCCAAAACGCUUGCUUUCUGCCUCAUUGUAAAUGACAUUCAGCACGUCUGACACGCAUGUUUUGUGCAGAAGUGCAACGUCCCGACGACCCGAUCUGCUCUCUGGGUUCAUGAUCCGCCUGCGGGCGACGUGUUUGAAAGUGUGUGUGUGUGUGUGUUUGAUCACCCCGGAAAGGGGUUUAUUAUAACUCACGGGUUCAUGCCUUGUGAAUUUAAAGGGCUAAAGUGCAUAAGCUUCCUCAUCUCAUUAUGAGACGCCAAGUCACCAUUAGUUGUUUUGGAAUCAUUAAAACAGAUUAACAGAAUCCUCGCUCAAAGCAGAGGAUCAUGGGAAAUGUCAGUCAAUCGAUCACAGAGCUGCAGCUCAUAAAUUUGACAGUGAUGCAUGCUGGGGGAAUCGAGCUCGAGCUUAAUUUUGCAUCAGUGUUAUUUUUAGUUUUUGUUUUAGUUUUUUUUUUUUUUAAUAUUGCUAUUUAGGUUUGAUUUAUUUUUAUUUCAGUCUUAGUUUUUAUUUAUUUCCAUUUAAUAAUUUUAGUGCUUCAACUUAAACUUAUUUCAGUUUAUUGCCAACGCAACAUCUAUAAAUUUCAUUUAGUUUUAGUUUUUUUCCGAGUAAUAUUUGUUUUAUUUUAUUUGAGCUUUAUUUCAAUUAACAAAUGUUUUUAAUGGUUUUACUUAAUGAUAAAAACCCUGCAUCAAUAUUAAUAAAUAUACCACGGUAAGUGAAGUUUCAGUCAAAAUACCACAGUAACUGUGGUAAAAUCACAGUAAAGUAACAUGAAUCUAAUUCAAAUUGUGCAAGAUCUAAUCUGGCAUUUUCCUUUGGGAAUCGUGGUUGUAACUAUGACAUAUUGGAAAACUGCAGUUACCAUGGUACAUUUUUGUCACAGAGCUGUCCUGUAUUUCCACUGCCAUAUAUGAAUAUUAGACACAUUCAUUCUCAUUCCAUCUGUUAUGUCCAUCCCAAGCCUGUUUCCAAAUAAUACAUGUUUACUUUUAGCACAAUCUCUCUUUCUUCAAUCUUUCCUAUUCACUUGGCGUACGCUUAACUUUCACACAUACAAUUUUACACAUACAUAAACAUAACACUAUCAUGCAUCAUGAUGUUUUGUUGUUCUUCGGCAGAUUUUAAUGCUAGUGAUUACUGUAGGAUGAGUGACAGGGUGUAAAAUACAGAGAAACUGUAAAUAAUUAGUAUCCAGCCCACAAAAUGUGCUGACUGAUGAAAAGUCUGUGUGUGUGUGUGUGUGUGUGUGUGUACCUGUAUUCCCUACAUUAUUGGGACCAAAUGUCCCCACAAGCACAGUAAUACCAGUAAUUUUUUUGGUCCCCAUGAAGAAACAAGCUUAUAAAUCAUACAGAAUAAAAUGUUUUAAAAAUGUAAAAAUGCAGAAAGUUUUCUGUGAUGGGUAGGUUUAGGGUUAGAAUAUACAGUUUGUACAAUAUAAAAAUCAUUACGUCUAUGGAAAGUCCCAAUAAAACAUGAAAACACA